ACGUAAACAACCCGAUGUCCAAAAUUAAACACCUCCAAAAAAACUUGAAAUAUCAGUAGCAGUCGUGUUAGUGGCAUUAUAGCACACACUCCGAUUCGCCUGUCUGCAAGUACGAACAUAUUAGUGUAUUUAAAUGAUCUGUGCGCCACCGAAACGGUUAACUCUAUACCCGGAAAGGGCGAAGUCUGCACAGCAACAAGCGCCAUGAUUGCGUUGCACUGUGCGUCUCAGCAGCUGGAUACCAUGGAGCAGCUAGAAGAGGAACUUACGUGCCCUAUCUGCUGCGGUCUCUUCGAGGACCCGCGGGUUUUGCUGUGCUCACACAGCUUUUGCAAGAAGUGCUUGGAGGGACUCUUGGAGGGGAACCGAGGUCCAUCUUACAGAACACCUUUCAAAUGCCCCACAUGCCGCAAAGAGACCCCUCACAACGGCGCGAACAGCCUGCAGAUCAACUACUCUCUACGCGGAAUAGUGGAGAAGUACAGCAAAAUAAGGGUUAUGCCUCAGCUGUCAAUCUGUAAACAACACUAUGGCCAGCCUCUAAACAUAUUUUGCGCCACGGACUUGAAUCUAAUUUGUGGGUUUUGCGCUACAACAGAUGACCACAAAGGGCAUACAUUCUGCUCCUUUGAGGAUGCAUAUGAACGAGAGAAGGAGGCGUUCGAGGAGCUGCUUCGCGGGUUGGAGAGCUGGCAGAGCGCAGAUGUCCUGUCCUGCCUGGAGACACUACAAGCCAGUAAGAAAAAGGCGCUUCAGUCAGUGACCAAGGACGCAGAGAAGGUAACGGACUAUUUCGACAAACUCAUCAGUACCAUUGAAUGCAAAAAGAAUGAGAUCCUCUCGGAUUUUGAAACACUGAAGCUGGUGGUGAUGCAAGCAUACGACCCGGAGAUUGCCAAACUGAGCGCAGCGAUGGAGGAGCAUAGACGGGCGCUCAGCAUCGCCGAGUCUGUCAAGAGCAUCGCCGACCCCCUGUGCUUUCUGCAGCAGAUGCAGGAGUUUCGGGAGAAGUUGAAAGUCCUUAAGGACACUCCACUGCCCUCUGGGAAAGACACGGACGUCGGUCCCCUUGUGCGCAAUUUCGAUGUUAAAAAGUGGGACUCGCUGAGGCUCCGAGAAGUGGACAAGAUCGCAGUCCCCCACGAGAGUGGCUCCUACCGAACGGGGGGUUCACGGAUGGCAGUGCCAAGAUGGAUCACCUUAUUUAUGAGCGUGUUACUGCCAACACUACUCCUGCUGCAGCCGCACAACCUUGCAGCCUACGUGCCCUCGCAGAUUGAACCGCUUCUCACUGCCGUUUCCUCGCAGCUCACUCACACUGGUGUGUACCUGCGGGAAAUGACUGACAUGUACACAAGUUUAAUGGGUGCAGGUCAGGAAUGUAUUGCUAACUUAAUUGACUCUACGGUCAGUUUUAUUGGCAGUUUUAAUUACUAGCCUGUGGCAUCUCUGCCAUGCACUCACAGCUACAAAUUGUGAACCAAGUGACCCAUGAGGUGCUGGUUAAACUAAUGACAGAUAUAUCGCACCUGAAUACAUGUGGAAACACUUGUUUACCUAAUUGUUUACCAUGUCUUUUGUUAUUGCCCAAGCCCCAACCUCAAUGAAGCCAUAGAAUCAAAUCAAUCCAUAAUCCACGUUAUAUAAACGCUAUCGAUGUGCACAAUCUCCUUUCUUUUUCUUUUUUUAAAUACGUCAUGACCAAUGUAUACCUAUAUCCAGGGUGAUCUUGAUAAAUAAAACAAGUGUAGGCUAAGUCACUUUCAUGUUCCGUUUUUUUUUUGUGCGAAAUGCCAAAUCAGCCAACUAUUUAGAGAUACAAGCGAGCCUGUGCACUAAGCAAGUGUAAUAAAAAGAAAUGAACGGUGUAAUCGCUGGCCUCUUCCCUGCAGAGCGCGUCCGCACCACAGUGAUGCUGCAUCCUCUUCAAGGUUACAAACGUUGCAUAACAGGGCCCGUGUGAAAUAUUCACCAGGCUGCAGACACGGUGGAGGAGGGAAAAAAAAUAAAAAAAACUGUCCAUGAUUAGGAUGUUUUCACGAAACCCUAAAACUGACAGCUGUAUUUCCCCUAUUACUGAUAACAAAACGUAGGUAAGGGUACAUGAUUGUCAAGCGUGCUGGGAAGUCAUUUUAUUUCUACACAAGAUCUAGGCUAUUUGCGGAGGUUCAUGUGACUCAUUCGUUGCAUGACUUGUCCGGCCUAUAAAGUCAAACAUCUGAAGCCUGCUAAGUUACAGUCUAUGCUCCGCUAUGCAUCUCAAUUCAAAAAUGCCAUUGUGGGCAAUUGGAUGUUAUUCAAAUAAUUUUAAAAUCAGCGUAGCUCAGUGCGAUUUUUGUCUUCUCACAAAAAGUCUUUAUUAAAAUAGGUCAGAGCAAAAGGACAAGCAGUGAACUGUGCAUUGAUCAUUUAGCCUAUUUAUUUUCUGAGUAGAGCUGCAUUUUGAAAAAAAAUUUUUUUUUAAAUAAUAAUCCUAAAGUCAGACCACAAAGUGAAUCCGUGAUGUCAGCACUGACCAUAAUUCAGGAUGUACGUCAUGUCACGCAUAUACAUAUACAUAUAUAGCCUUCUGUUGCCAGGCAAAGAUAGGAACCAAAUAAAUGUAACCUACCCCUCUACAUUAAUAUUUGAAUUGCACGGCACGCAAAUUUAAAUAUAGCCUGAAAAACGUUAACUCCAAUAAAAUUAAGAAAAACAUGUGAAUGACUAAGGCUUCUGAAAAAGCCAUUUACAUCAAAGUUAGGCCUGCGGUGAGGGUUAAUGCAAAUAAACUUCAACAUUAACAGGUGUAAGACAAAAUGUGGAAUUUCACGCCGUACAUCAUCAAGGCUGCUUCCACAUUUUGAUGUGCCGUUCUAAAGACGCAAAAUAGUCAGACAUAAGACAUUACAUUUUAAAUAGGCUAACUGCACUUAAUAAUAGGAUAACAUCAUUUACAAAAUAAAUGCUUUUGAAUUACGUUGACGUGGUUAAAAUUCACUCUCACACACACAAAGUUCCAUCUUGAAGCACUGACAUUAUAUAGGCCUAUAUAAAAACAAUGCAAGUAUCAUAUAAACGCCUGUAAUCUUUUAAAUACAGGCUAUAGGCUAAUAGAUUUGAAGGUUUCUCCAUUAAAAUAAAAUAAAUGCAAGCCUUAGCAGUAAAGAAGUAGGCUACUCCUAAAAUGCGCACAUAUCUAUUUUCUCUCCAAUAUAAUUUUGCAUAAAUUUCACCUUUGCCAAAUACCCUAAUUCCGAUUUUUUGCAUUUGGAAAACAAAUACGAGGAUUCAGAAUUCUCAUCAAAAAGGCCUACAAGGCCAAAUGGAAGAAAACUGCUGCAACAUAUAUGCGUUUGUUCAGUGGGCAGAAAAAUCCUAAAACUAGCUAUAAAAAAAUAAAUAAAAUGAACCAUGAAAAACGUUAUAAUUAGGUCGCAGGUUUAUUUAUUUCAUGCGUUUUUAUUAAAACCAACAUCUGAUUCGUGCGACUUUUUUUUGUGGAGAAGUGUAAUUAGUUUGUGAUCCGAUUUUGAGGAUUUCUAUUGUACCGCAUACGUUCACAUAAAGCCCGUGAUCUAAAAUUAUACAAAAACCAGAUUUACCAACGAAUGCCACAUUAUAUCAAAGGCCUGUAAAACAUUAUGAAUUUAGUCAUUUUUAUUAUGUAAAUCGGAUUAGAGCCUUUGGUCAUCGGACGUCCUGGUACAGCAGAUGCACGUAAGGCGGUUACGUGCGCAUCCGACACGACUUAAAAUGGAGGUUUUUAGCCACGUUACGGGACACCAUUUCAUUUGUUACAGCAUUGUAGCGAACAUCAGAAUAUAUCAUUAUUUUAUCUCGACUUUAUAAACUGAAUGACUUGUUAUAUUUCAAUGGUGUGUACACUACAGUCCAAUAUUUGUAAUCAUUGUAAUCCGCAGCCAGUCUCUCUGUGUCACAGCUCGUGAACAGGCUGACAUCCCAGGAGCUGCAGCGAGGCCACGCAGGCCAUCUUGUGCAUGAUUUCUUCUUUGUGGAUAACUGUACUAUAUAAAACCAUGUAAGGGAUUUUCAGUGUCAGCAAAACUUUUAGUAUAACGUGAAUAAAAUACUAAUAUAAAGGUCAGCAUUCUGUUAAAAAAAAAUAAAAAUAAAAAACUAUAGCAUGUCAUGUUCAAAACACAUUACAGACAAAAAGGCAAUUUAAAUUUUAUUUCUCCAAGUGUGCAGAGGUGACAGUGAAAUGUAAAAAGAUUGUGUAUACACAUUUUAACUAUUAAAGCAAGGCAGUGUUGGAGGUUAACUCAAAA